CUGCUUCGGGGCGCAAACGAGGUGGCUGCCCUUGAAACAUUUCGUGCUGAGCAGCCGGGACUGUCUCGUGUGGAAAGCCACGUUAAUCCGGGACAGCUGCAAACAGCAGCUACCCAACUUUGCCCCUGUUGCGAAGGUUGCAGUCCGCAGCUAUAAGCAGACAAGGGAAAUUUGGCGGGACUUCUUUUUAAUUAGCCCAGUGCAAACGGUGAAGACGGGAGACUUGAAUGACAUAUAUCUGCCUAUGAUGAGUAUAGUUGCAAGCCUGGGAGGGCUCGUUUCGCUGCAGUUUGGACAUUUAUAUGGAUGACAGGCAUGAAGAGAAAUGUGGGACACUAUGUGCUACUUCACAAGAGGAAACAAAAGUCAGAGAGAGAGAGAAAAGGAAACGGAAACGCAGCAGAAGCAGGUCAUCAUCCAUUUCUUCCACCACAUCAUCCAGUUCUUCUGCAUCUUCCUCUUCAAGUUCUUCAAGCUCCUCUUCUUCACAUAGCAGAAGCAGUUCUAGUAGUAGAGAUUCUCCAAAAUCAAAAUCAAAGAAGAGGAAAAAAGAAAAACAUAACAAAAAGAAGAGGAAAAAAGAUAAGCUGAAGAAAAAGAAAGAAAAGAAAAAGAAGAAAGAAAAGUCAGGACCAGUACAGCUUUCUAAGUACCUAAAGGAUAAAAAGAAGAAUCAAAACUACAGUAUGAUCACAGGAAAGAAAAUUAAGAUGAAAAUAAAGAAAAGUAAAAAGGAUAAAGAGCGAGACCGAAACCGUGCUGAACUCCUUGAUUUCUUGAACUCUGCUUUGUAGUGAAUAUGCUACUAAGCAAGGACCAGUAAGUCUUUCAACUCAUUUGGAGAUCCUGCUUCCCAAGGCACCACAAAUAAGCUCAGAGUGAGGGCUGGAAGAACCCAACGUGUGACAAGCUGAAACUGUGUUGCUGGGGAGAUAGUCGGUACCUUCUUCACAACAGGCAAAAGUCAAGAAUUUGACCAUUUGUCAAGAGCCAUAUUGCCAUUUCUGAGGCUCCCUCAAAAUAUUAUCUCUGGUGACUACUUAAAAAUUGUAUAGUAUUGAAAAUUCUCUAAAGUGAGAUCACAUCAUUGUAUUUGGCAUGCUGUGCAUAUCCCAGGCAGCGUAUACAACUUUACCAUCAGUUGUCCUUUGUCAUUUUUAUGUUAAAACUGAGUGCUUGCAAAUAAGCUGUGUAAAAAGAAGCCUGUGUAUAGAUAUUUUAGUAUUAAAUAUAUUUGUUGUAAAAGCAAAGCAUCUUUUUAUCUUGUGUUUACUGUAGAGAACUGAAUACAACAAUACUUCUUAAAUCAU